CAAAAACAACAGCAAAUUCUGGUGCGAAUUUCCAUGUGCGAAACGACUGAGUAAGGUUGUGGAGAUGUCAGCGACACAGCGAGAAGCAAGAAGGGGCCGCGUGAUCAUCAGGGACGAGCCAGCAAACCUCACCUUCACCGUGACCUUGGAGAACCUCACGGAAACCGACGCGGGCAUAUACUGCUGUGGGGUCUCACGGCCUGGACUCAAGAGGAAUCCCCUGGCCCGGGUCGUGGUGUCAUUGUACCCAGCACCAAAGCCAACCCAGGAAAAAUCCAACACAAGGACGCAGACCUCGCCAUGGACAACCGAAAGGACCUCUGUGUGGUCCACUCCAGCAACAAGGGCUGGGUGCCUGCUUGGCUGCGCCCCCUUCCUGCUCCUCAUCCUCCCGAAGGUGCCCCUGCUGCUGGGCGUGCUGGGGGCUGUCCUCAGGGUGAGACGGCACCCAAGGGGCCUUCAGGGAGCCGCCUCCGGCAGCCUGGCCUAGGUGUCCCACGUGGUGCCACCGACCCAAUCCAGAGAUGCAGACAAAUGCUCGCUGGGACCAGAGGGGACGUCCAGGCCGCAGCCCUCAGCACUCUCCAGGGCUUUCCAGAGACUCGUGAACACAACUUUAAAACCCGUUAGUCAGGGCUGGAGCAAUAGGUAGGGCGUUUGCCUUGCACGCGGCUACCCAGGUUUGAUUCCCGGCAUCCUAUAUGGUCC